UCCGGCCCAAACCCGGCCCAACUCUGGCCCCGCUCCGCCUCAGCCCCGCCUCAGCCCGGGCCCAGCUCUGAACCCGCUCCGCCUCAGCUCCGCCUCAGCCCGGGCCCGGCCCGUUCUCGCUCCGCCCCGCGCGGCCUCCCCGGCGAUGGGUGCAUCGGAGCCCCCCAAUUUCUCGUGGGUGGUCGAGGGGCGGCUGGCGGGGCUGGCGAUGCCACGGGAGCCGGGGCACUACCGGUACCUGCGGGAGCGCGGCGUGCGACACCUGGUGUCCCUGACGGAGCGGGCCCCGCCCCAUCACGGCUGCUGUCCCCAAAUCCAGCUGCACCGGCUCCGCGUGGCCGACUUCACCCCCCCGAGCCCCGAGCAGAUCCAGAGCUUCCUGCAGAUCGUGGAGGAGGCCAAUGGCCGCGGGGAGCAGUGCCACCCACCUGCUGUGUCCCUGUGCCAGGCCGUGGCAGUGCACUGCAUGCUGGGCCAUGGCCGGACUGGCACGCUGCUGGCCUGUUACCUGUGCAAGGAGCAGCACCUGGCAGGUGGCGAUGCCAUCCGUGAGAUCCGGCGCCUCCGGCCCGGCUCCAUCGAGACCUCAGAGCAGGAGCAGGCCGUGCUCCGCUUCUGCCAGCACCUGUGCACUGGCGAGGAGAGCUGAGGACAUCGAUGGCAUCCAUGGAAUUGGGCACCCCAAAGUGCCAGCUGUGCCCAGCCCCGUCUGUCCCCUCCUGUAUUAAAGGACUGGCCUGUG